AUGGCCGACCAAGAGAUCAAUAUUGAUAGUGCUAGCACCACCACUGCCGAUCGAGACCAACCAGCGCUGGAAAGAGCCGGGUCAACGACGCCGUAUCACGGGGGUACUACUAUUGCCAAUGUUAUUAGUGCAACGUCCCCAGACGUGCAUGGGACCGGGAUGAAGAUCGAGCGGGCCAGAAGUGCGUAUGAGGCGUACGCGGGACAUGAAGAGAAGCCAACGAAGUUGGAGGUGUUCGGGUGGUGUUUCUAUGGCCUUUGCUCCUACUUCAUUCAUACGGUUCUCAUUCCUAUUGUUUUCCCACUCAUUAUUAGCGGCAUCUCUUCUCCCAUGCCCGAUAAUAUUAAUUCUAAGGCGAAUUUGCAAGUUGUGAACGACAAGGGACGCACUUGUACUUACAAGGAAUUGCUACUAUUCAGCAGACUCACAAACCGCACCAUAACAGUUCAAAGCUUCAAAUACUCUCCACUAGAGUGGACAUCAAUCUCCUGGGCCAUCGGCCUAGCUCUGGCAGCGCCACUACUCGGCCUCCUCUCCACUCCACUCGACCGUGGGCCACACCAGUCCAUCAUGGCAUUGGUUGCCACCGUCGUCGGUGCCAUCUUUUGUCUUCCUGCCGGCUUCGUUCGUACUGUCUGGAUCUUCCCUCCCUACAUCGCUGCCAUUGUGGCAGCCAGCACCAUCCCGGCCGCUUACCACACCCGCCACCUCGGCAUCAUGGUCCGCGGUUUCACCGGUACAAACCUACGUAGACCCCAGUUCCCUCUCCGGCGUGCGGCCGCAGGCUGGCUCUCCCUCGCCUCCACUGCAGCCGGAUCACUAGGCGCUGCCGCCAUAUCCUCUUUCACUUUCCACAUGCUCCGAGAGAACGAAGAGUUCAUGAGCCUUUGGAUUGUCUCCAUCUUCAGUGGCCUCAAAUGGCUCCUCGGAUCGUUCCACUUCGUAACCUCAAACAGACAAACCCAUGCCAUAACUCCCACCUCCUAUGCCCGCCACACCUUUUCGAUCCUCAAAUUUCCUCACGCAAUCGGAUCCCUCGCAGCUGUUUUCCUCUCCUCAGUUUCUACCAUGACCAUCUUUACCGGAGCCGUACUUUACCUUGUCGGAGACCUCUGUCUUCCGCCAAAAUCUUUGCUCUAUUUCUGGCUAGCCUACUUCCUCUUCCCGCUAAUCUCACUCCCGAUUCUCCAUCCAAUUCAACAUCUGGUGAAGGCCAACGCCGUGAAAAUGCAAGUCCUCGGAUUCUUCUUGACGGCGACGACAUCAGGAAUCGGAUACGCAUUCCAAUCACGCCAGUGGAAGACGCAUCACGCUCUGGUUUUCGCAGCCAUCCAGGGGACCUCGACUGGGGUUUUGCACGCUUUCGCAAGAGUUUUGAUAAUGGACUGUUCGCCUCCUGGGAAAGAAGGAGUUUUCUCUACUUGGUUCAUGUGGAUCAAAGUUUUUGGUUCCUUGGUAGGUUUCACAGCGGCGUGCACCAACCCUGGGAACGUCCGCAUUGCGCUCGGGCUCGGGUUCUGUACGGCGAUCUCCGCAGUUGUUGUCUUGAUUUUUGGAAACGUCAGCGAUUUCGGAGGGGCCCGUCGAGCGGGGCAUGUGAAAGAGAAUGAUAUGGUCCUUUAUGAAGGUAAUGGAGAGGGAGGGUCCCCUGUUAGCGGCGUUGACGACGCUGUUGAAGUAAAUCAACAACAUCCCGGGCAUGUUAUGAAAUAAGAUGAACCAAAGAUUGAGGAGUUUUUUUUUUUAAACGAAAUAAUUGUUAUGUUUUUUUCCUUCUUAUUCUUUGAAGACAAUCAAUUUCAUCAACAUUAUGCACGGAUUGGGAGAAUGUAUUGCACAUUUUUUUUGUUUUAUGUAUGA